UAAAUAAAUAAUAAAAAGAGAAACACAAGCAUGGAGAAGAAGUUAGAAGUUUCGAGAAGCAUAUAGUAGUAACCAUUUUUCUCUCUUUUUAACGUGUGUUCAGAUUCUUCAAAAGAAUCAGAACUAAACCACAUAAAAUAAGUGAAUAACCCAGAAAACCCUUUCUUUCUUUCUUCUACCUCUCGCAUCGCCAUCGCCAGAACUUUUUUUGAAAUUUUCUGGUGAAGUGAAAUUUGAUUUGGGAAAGAUGAGCGUGGUGGGUUUUGAUUUUGGUAACGAGAGUUGCAUUGUUGCGGUUGCUAGACAGAGAGGUAUUGAUGUUGUGUUAAACGAUGAAUCGAAAAGGGAAACACCUGCUAUUGUGUGUUUCGGUGAAAAGCAGCGUUUUAUUGGUACUGCUGGUGCUGCUUCCACUAUGAUGAACCCUAAGAAUUCAAUCUCGCAGAUUAAGAGACUUAUUGGAAAGCAAUUCUCUGAUCCCGAAGUGCAGGGUGAUCUUAAGUCUUUGCCUUUUAGUGUCACUGAAGGACCUGAUGGAUACCCUUUGAUUCAUGCUCGUUACUUGGGGGAAGUUAAAACGUUUACGCCUACUCAAGUGUUUGCGAUGAUGCUGUCGAAUCUUAAAGAGAUAGCCCAGAAAAAUCUCAAUGCGGGGGUUAACGAUUGUUGCAUUGGGAUUCCGGUUUAUUUCACUGAUGUUCAGAGAAGGGCUGUUUUGGAUGCUGCAACUAUUGCUGGUUUGCACCCGCUUCGGUUGAUUCAUGAAACUACUGCGACUGCGUUGGCUUAUGGGAUUUAUAAAACGGAUCUUCCUGAAAAUGAUCAGCUGAAUGUGGCCUUUGUUGACAUUGGGCAUGCUAGUAUGCAGGUUUGCAUUGCUGGCUUCAAAAAGGGGCAGCUGAAAGUGUUGGCUCAUUCGUACGAUAGGUCUCUUGGUGGUAGGGAUUUUGAUGAGGUUUUGUUCCAUCAUUUUGCUGGGAAGUUUAAGGAGGAGUACAAAAUUGACGUGCUUCAGAAUGCUAGGGCUUGUUUGAGGCUUAGGGCUGCUUGUGAGAAGAUGAAGAAGAUGCUUAGUGCAAAUCCGGUGGUGCCCCUAAACAUUGAGUGCUUGAUGGAUGAGAAGGACGUAAAGGGUAUCAUGAAGCGUGAAGAGUUUGAGGAACUGAGUCUUCCAAUUUUGGAGCGUGUCAAAGGACCUUUGGAGAAUGCACUUGCAGAAGCUGGGCUCUCAGUUGAUGAUGUACACAUGGUUGAGGUCGUUGGUUCUGGCUCUCGUGUACCGGCCAUUAACAAAAUAUUGACUGAGUUUUUCAAGAAGGAGCCUAGGCGGACAAUGAACGCCAGUGAAUGUGUUGCUAAAGGGUGUGCAUUGGAAUGUGCUAUUCUUAGUCCAACAUUCAAAGUGCGAGAAUUUCAGGUCAACGAUAGCUUUCCUUUCUCAAUUUCUCUUUCGUGGAAAGGAUCUGGUCCAGAUGCACAGGAUAGUGGGUCGGAUAAUAAGCAGAGUUCCCUUGUUUUUCCCAAGGGUAAUCCCAUUCCCAGUAUCAAGGCACUGACUUUCUAUAGGUCAGGAACAUUUUCCAUUGAUGUACAAUAUGGUGAUGUGAGUGGGCUGCAAAAACCUUCUAGGAUCAGCACGUAUACUAUUGGUCCUUUUGAAACCAAACAAAACGAAAAGGCAAAGGUGAAAGUUAAAGCUCGUUUGAAUGUGCAUGGAAUUGUAUCUGUUGACUUGGCAACUCUCCUGGAAGAAGAAGAAGUCGAGGUUUCAGUUUCCAAAGAAUCAGCAAGAGAAACUACUAAGAUAAAUGCUGAUGAAGCUCCUGCUGAUGCUUCUGCACCUCCGACCUCCAAUAACAGUGAUGGUGAUGUUAAUAUGCAAGAUGCAAAGGCUAGUGCUGAUACCCCUGUGGUUGAAAAUGGUGUCCCUGAGACUGGAGAAAAGCCUGUACAGAUGGAUGUUGAUGAGACCAAGGCUCCAAAGAAGAAGGUUAAGAAAACAAAUGUUCCUAUAGCAGAGUUAGUUUAUGGAGCAAUGGCACCUGUGGAUGUCCAGAAAGCAGUAGAGAAGGAGUUUGAAAUGGCUUUGCAAGAUCGUGUGAUGGAAGAAACUAAGGACAAGAAAAAUGCUGUUGAGGCUUAUGUUUAUGAAACAAGAAACAAGCUCAAUGACAAAUACCAUGACUUUGUCACUGCUUCGGAGAGGGAAGAUCUCACUGCUAAGCUUCAAGAGGUGGAAGAUUGGCUAUAUGAGGAGGGUGAAGAUGAAACUAAAGGUGUAUACAUUGCCAAACUUGAAGAGCUGAAAAAGCAAGGUGACCCCAUUGAAGAGCGUUACAAAGAAUUCACGGAGAGGGGUACAAUAAUUGAACAGUUCAUCUAUUGUAUAAAUAGUUACAGAGAAGCUGCAAUGUCAGUUGAUCCCAAAUUUGAUCACAUUGACAUCAAUGAGAAACAGAAGGUCUUAAAUGAAUGUGUUGAAGCUGAGAACUGGCUUAGGGAAAAGAAGCAGCAGCAAGACUCACUUCCAAAAUAUGCCAACCCUGUACUCUUGGUAGCUGAUAUAAGAAAGAAAGCUGAGGCUGUGGAUAGGAUAUGCAAGCCGAUUAUGACAAAACCAAGGCCAGCCAAGCCAGCUGCUCCACAAGCACCACCAACCCCAGCUUCUCCCAGUGCUGAGCAACAGCAGCAAUCUCAGUCAGACGCUAGUGCCAGCACAAAUGAGAACGCAGCUGGCGAAGAUGUUAGUCAGGCCACUGAACCAAUGGAAACUGAUAAGUCACAGAAUGCCGGUUCUGCUUAAUUUUUGUUCUUGCUUUGGUAUCAAGUUCGUGCCAAAACUAGUAGUGUCUACUACAUUUUGUAUAAGCAUAUAUGAUUAUGAAAUGCUAUAAUUGGGGGUCUUGGGUGGAUUGAGACAGUGAGUGACUGCUGGUAUGUUUGGUUACACAAGUUUCAAUUAUAUUAUGUUUAUUAUGAUGAUAGUCUUUGGAAUCCGGAUUUUUUGCAGAAGGGUUUUGAAGAGAGUCUUGCUUUCCUAAAUGUGGUAGGAAGAGGCCAAAUUUAUGCUCUUUAGGUUUAUACUCCAUAAAAUAUUUGUUUACGAUUUCUAGAAGUUGAAUUACAAUGGUUGUUUCCGAUUGUGUUUCAAAUGGCAUUUUUUUGUGGCA